UCCGCUUCCGGUCGUCUGGGCGCUGGCCCCGGAAGGUUGUUGUCGUGGUGGUCGCGAUGGGAAAGUCAGAUUUUCUCACCCCGAAGGCUAUCGCCAACAGGAUCAAGUCCAAGGGGCUUCAGAAGCUGCGCUGGUAUUGCCAGAUGUGCCAGAAGCAGUGCCGGGACGAGAAUGGCUUUAAGUGUCACUGUAUGUCUGAAUCUCAUCAGAGACAGCUGUUACUGGCUUCAGAAAAUCCACAGCAAUUUAUGGAUUAUUUUUCAGAGGAAUUCCGAAAUGACUUCCUAGAACUUCUCAGGAGACGCUUUGGCACCAAGAGGGUUCACAACAACAUUGUUUACAAUGAGUACAUCAGCCACCGGGAGCACAUCCACAUGAAUGCCACGCAGUGGGAGACACUGACGGAUUUUACCAAGUGGCUGGGCAGAGAAGGUUUGUGCAAAGUGGAUGAGACACCAAAAGGCUGGUAUAUUCAGUAUAUAGAUAGGGACCCUGAAACAAUCCGCCGGCAGCUGGAACUAGAGAAAAAGAAGAAGCAGGACCUCGAUGAUGAAGAAAAAACAGCCAGAUUUAUUCAAGAACAAGUGAGAAGAGGUCUGGAAGGGAAAGAGCAGGAAGUCCCUGUUUUUACGGAAUUAAGCAGAGAAAAUGACGAAGAAAAAGUUACGUUUAAUCUGAAUAAAGGAGCCUGUAGUUCAGGAGCAGCAUCUUCCAAAUCAAGUUCUUUGGGACCAAGUGCCCUGAACACGAUUGGAACCACGGCAUCAGUGAAGCGGAAGGAGUCCUCCCAGAGCUCGGCUCCGUCAAAAGAGAAGAAGAAGAAGAAGUCUGCCCUCGAUGAAAUCAUGGAGAUUGAAGAGGAGAAGAAAAGAACUGCACGGACAGAUUACUGGCUGCAGCCUGAAAUCAUAGUGAAAAUUAUAACCAAAAAACUUGGAGAGAAGUAUCAUAAGAAGAAGGGUAUCGUAAAGGAAGUAAUUGACAAAUACACAGCUGUCGUAAAGAUGAUUGACUCUGGAGACAAGCUGAAACUUGACCAGACUCAUUUAGAGACAGUCAUUCCAGCACCAGGAAAAAGAAUCCUUGUUUUAAAUGGAGGCUACAGAGGAAAUGAAGGCACCCUAGAAUCCAUCAAUGAGAAGACUUUUUCUGCUACUAUAGUCAUUGAAACUGGCCCUUUAAAAGGACGCAGAGUUGAAGGAAUUCAAUACGAAGACAUUUCUAAACUUGCCUGAGUUUGAAAAUUUAUUAACAUCACAUUAAAAUCUUAAAGCAUCAAAUUGGUGUUCACCAAGACAUUACAAGACUCUACUGUGUUAGGGUGUUUCUUUUUAUAAAACAAAUGGAUUUAUUUAAAUAUUACUGUAGUUGUUUAGCCUAACUUAUAGAAAAAUCUAAUUAUGUCUUGUGAAGUAUCAAAAUUAUGUAAUUUUGUCCUUGUUGUUUUUGUUGCCUUUGUAGUAUUUCCUUGAUUUUUUAAUCUACAUUAAAAGAAUAUUAUUGUAAAGUGUUGUAAAUAGGAUAAUGUAGAACUAUUGUAGAGCAAAUCUUUCAUAUACUCUAAAUUUAUAUUUUCAUCAGUAAAGUAGUAAAGUUGGAUGUAAUAUAAUUACAUUUUUAAGAGUCAAACUAUAAAUAGAAUAGCUUUAUUGAGAUGUAAUUCACACACUGUACAGUUUCACCCAUUUCAGUCCUGGGUGUUCAUUGGCAGGACUGAUGCUGAAGCUGAAACUCCAAUACUUUGGCCACCUCAUGUGAAGAGUUGACUCAUUGGAAAAGACCCUGAUGCUGGGAGGGAUUGGGGGCAGGAAGAGAAGGGGAUGACAGAGGAUGAGAUGGCUGGAUGGCAUCACCGACUCGAUGGACAUGAGUUUGAGUAAACUCCGGGAGUUGGUGAUGGACAGGGAGGCCUGGUGUGCUGCGAUUCAUGGGAUCGCAAAGAGUCGGACACGACUGAGCAACUGAACUGAACUGAACUGAAAAGUGGACAUUUCAGUGGUUUUUAGAAUAUUUACAAAGUUGUUUGAAAAUCACCAUUGUCUAAUUUGGGAAUUUUCAUCUCCCCAAAAGUAACCCUGGAUCUAUAGUCACUCCAGACUACUGGCAGCCACUAAUCUGCUUUCCAUCUCUGUGAAUUUGCCUGUCUUGGACAUUUCAUAGAAGUGGAAUCAUACAGUAUAUGGUCUUUUAUAACCAGCUUCUUACACAAAGUGUAGUGUUUUCAAGGGUUAUCCAUGUUGUAGCAUGGGUCACUACCUCAUUUUCAUUCAACGGUAGUCUUUUGUAUGGAUAUAUACCACAUUUUUUAAAAACUAUUCAUCAAUUGGAAUUGGAUUGCUUCCGCUUUGAGGCUGUUAGGAAUAACACUGCUGUGAACAUGCGUGUACAAGACUUUUUGUGGUCAUACAUUUUCAGAUCCUGGGAUUGGAGUCACUGUCACACUGUAACUCACUCAUGUUAUGCCGUGUCUAACAUUUGAAGAGCCAUUUCCAUAAGGAAUGGCUUGCCCUGAUUAUGGUGCAGAAAUAAAACAUGAUGCUUUUCACAGGCCUCCCCCAAAUCUGUAAGUUUGGAAUCAACUCUGUAGUUUUCUUCACAGAAGAAAGUUUUAUCCCUACAUCUCACAUUCUUUUCUCCAACAUCUUCCUGAAAUUAUCACAAAGUAGUUAUUGAGGUUGUUUAAUUUUUUAAAAAUCAAGCAUAAAAAUAUGAUUCUAUACUGUAGAAUUGUUUUCCCUAUAAGGUUUUAGAGGCCAAUAUGGUUAUAUUAAGCAGAGUAACCGCAGACACCUAAAAUCAAGUCUUAUAUUGACCUUUUUUCUUUCUUUUUUUUUUGGCUGCACCAGACAGCUUGCAAAAUCUUAGUUCCCCGACCAGAAAUUGAACCCCAGCCCCCCUGCAGUAGAAGUAGAGUCCUGACCACUGGACCACCAGGGAAUUCCCUGACUUUUCUUUUUAAAACAUUCUAAGUUAUUAUUCUUUUUAAAAAAUAGACUUUAUUCUUUAGAGCAGUUUCAGGUUUGCACAAAACUAAGCAGAAUUGAUGAACCUCCACUGACCUGUCAUCAUCAAAGUCCAUGGUUUACAUUGUUGUUCCCUCUUGGUGUACAUUCUGUGGGCUUAGACAAACGUAUGAUGGCGUGUAUCCACCAUUAUGGUAUCGUUCAAAAUAGUUUCGUUGUCUAAAAAUCCACCUCAUUUCCCUCCCUCCCCACCUCCGUUAGCCACUGAUGUUACUGUCUACAUAGUUUUGAUCUCUCCAAAAUGUCAUAGUUGGACUCAUACAGUAUGUAAGCCUUUGCAGACUGGCUGCUUUUACUUAGUAACAUGCGUUUAAGUGUCCUCUGUGCAUCCUCUCACGACAUGAUGGCUCAUUUCUGUUUAGUGCUGAAUAAUAUCACAAUAUCCGGAUACACCACAGUUUACUUAGCUGUUCACCUACUGAAGGACAUCUAGGUUGCUUCCAUUUUUCUCAACUCUGAAUAAAGAUGCUGUAAACCUC